CUGCAAACAGACGCAUCCCGACCGGACGGCGCUGCUGAGUAGGCUACACUAUCAUUACAACUGUAGUCUUACGAGUCGUACCAGCACAGUAAGGUUGAAAUAUUGUCGGUGUAAGUCACCUAGAUAAACCUGUAUGCCAUGGCCUACACCCGCAACAUGGGUGGCGUAAUGAUCUGUGAACCGAGUGUGUUGUACAACAUGCUCAAUCAAUACACCAAUGUCUCCAAGUUGGCAGAAAUAAAUUACCUCUACUUAAUUGAUUCCCGAUAUAAAUUGGAUUAUAACACUGGCCAUAUCAUAACAGCUAAAAAUGCACAGCGGGAUAGCAAGGGCAUGUUUGUGGUUCCAGAGAAUGUGGAAGUUGAGAGCAUGAGGCAUAUAGUGGUGUACGACUCUGACACGAGUUCUCUGAAAGACUUGGGUGAAGCCGUAAGAUGUGCGGAGGUUCUCGCUAAAGUGAGCCUCUAUCCCGUCUUCGUCGUGAGAGGAGGAUACCAGAAGUUCUCUGCACUCUACCCGUUUUUCAGAAGCUUUAAAAUCAUGUACACUAUAAUGGAGCUGGACAAUUUCGAGCCCUACCCAGUGGAGAUUGUAGUGGGCCUACUGUACAUGGCCGAUCACAACCAGGCCAGGAGUCCCAGAAUGUGUGAGGACCUGAAGAUCAGCGCCAUGCUCAAUGUUUCAAGUACUGCGCUUGAUUGUGAGACUGCGAACCACCCAAUUCUUGAUGUGUGCCUGGCGGACUCUGUCACGGCAGAUCUGUUCUCUAGUUUGAAGAGGAUCUGUGUUUUUAUUGGUUCUCACGUGAAAAAAGGCUCUCCUGUUAUGGUAACUUCCACCCACGGGAUCAGCCGCUGUAGUGCUGCUACCAUCGCUUUCCUCAUGCACCAUUUCAAAUACACGUUGGAGGAUGCAUGGAAAUAUUUGAAAAAGUGCAAGUCUAACAUGAGGCCAAACAGGGGCUUUGUGCAACAGCUGUCCGACUGGGAGCUUCACACAACGGGACAAAGAUCAACGGAUAUCUCGGAACCUAAUUUCUGAUCAAAUAAUUGAUUUUGCAAAAUAAAAGUCAGUUUAUUUCGGAAAAAUCUGGAAAUAGUGUUUCUGAGUUCAUUUAAAUUGAUUGUUUGUUAUUGAUAAAUAAAAUAAAGAGGAAUAAAGUGUAUUAAUUUAUUUAACAUGUAACGGCAAAAGUUUUGACAAAA